UUCGGGUCCAAGAUGGUCUUGCCGAUAGAUGAAUCGGUGUCUUUUGAUUGAAUACCGAUCAACUCAAGCACAGCCAAAGCUUACUACGUACCCAAUGAUUUAAUGAUCCAUGGUCACAUCCAAUGAUCGACAAGAGUUGCAGACCAGCUGCCUCGGAUAGGAAAUCUCCCCUGACGCCUCGUUUCUCAAGAUUACAGUGACAUUGGCAUUAUGCCUCUUCAGUCUUUUUUCUGGCCUCGCCGUUCCUCGCCAUGAGACUCAACCGGUCGAGGUCUAAUGUUCCCAAGGCUAUCCCCGCUGCCGCCAACUGGCGAGUCCCUUCUUCGCCCUCCACUACCGGAGCCGAGAUGACCGGCACCGAAUCUUCGGCUGAUGAGAUACCACGAUUGACCUCAGAGUCGCGUGCCCUUCGUCGGCGUUCUCUACCAGCUUGAUAUGUUGAACCGUCUGCUGAUUCAACUAAUGAAGUUGAUGAUAUUGAUCGACUUGAUCCAAACGGAGAUUCCUAGGGUUGUGCUCGUCGAAAUCGAUUCUCAAGAUGGUGCAGUAUACCUGUUGGCGUUGCUGGUUGAGAUAGAGGACUGUGUUGGUAAGGGCUAUUUCGAGAACUUCUUGAGCCUGGCGCAGAACGCUGUAUUAUAUUGUGUUAAUUCAGCGUCACACCCACCAGACAACAGUGAAUCAUUACCCAUGGAUGAUUGUCUAGACAUCCCAGUUCCGGACAAGAAUGCAUCGCCUGUUCCUGGCUCGUCAAGUUGAACGACGGCCCAUGCAAUGCAACGUCUAUAUCUUCGGAUCCGCAUUCGAUCUUUCGCUGAAGCAUUUUCGUGGUAUUUCCAUGCCUCGACGCGUGAUUGUGAUUCCGUGCUCGGCUCGCUCCGAAUCCAGGUUUAAGAUGGCCACACGCGAUGCCUGUAUCUUCCUUUGUUGGCUGUAUUAUCUCUCCAGGCGGAGAGGAAUCCAUCUCUGAUAACAUCGGACCGACUUGAGCACACAUCACAUAUUUCACAAAAGGCCAGCGAGGGGAGAUAUGAUGGGAUAAUGGGGUGAUGAAUAAGGUCGGUAUAUCGUGAUAUGAGGGAGAUGUAGGGUUCCAAUAUCACAUCCGCAAAGACAUUUCCGCAGCAACAAAGUGAGGAGCCGCAAUCUUGUGCUUCUAGAGCCUCGAUCUGAAAGCCGUUCCUGCUUCUCGGCGCUUUAUCCCCCGAGGAAGUGCAUCGUCAGUUCCUUUUCAUGAGCCCCAUGACACGGGGGUUGAAGUCCGUCACUUGCAUUUUAUCAUGACUUCUCGGCUAAUCGGGCUGAUGCAUACGACACAAGGCAGUAAAUAAAGGAGAAUUCAUUCUGCCUCUAUAAAUCUCUUUUGACUGAAACAGUUGAUGUUGCCUUAUCUUUAGCUUAUACAAUGGAUGGAUCGCCCGGGCUAACGCACAUGACCAGGGUCCUCCGGCAUUCGGUGCUUGGUCAACUAACUUCAAUCGCUCCCUCGAUACAAUAUCAUGGCCCUUAUCAAAAUACUGAGAGCAGAAUGGCUGCAGAUACAAGUGACUUUCUGCAAUUGAUGCAGGCCAUCAAAUUGGCUGCUCACAAGAACAGCUCCAAGCUCGUCCGUGCUUGGUUCUAUGUGCCACUCGGCAUUACAAUAAUACUCGCUAUCAAUUUUGGAGUUGAUUCAAUAUUCUACAAAUUCAAUGUUUCGUUUCCUGCUUCUGUUACCUGCAUGAUGUUGCUCUUCUUUGCUCUUAUCGCAAGUGAGUCAUUAUUGGGUACUCACAAGACAAGAAAGCUGGUUAAUAUCAUUGACGUGCCUGUAAGCCAUUGCUACAUAGUUCAAUAAUGAGGUUACCAUGUCUGAUAUUUCUAGGCUGGCUGGUCGCUUCGAUGGAUGGGCAUCUUCUUCACGCCGUCUUUCGUUCUGUUGCCUCUCAGUCCACCCAUUGGCAUCGUUGAAGUCAUAAUCAUUAUUGCAAUAUUUGUCAUUGGCUUCUUUAUCAUGAUGGCUAUGGCAGCUUGGAUCACCCGCAGCCUCCAACUUGCUCUUGGUGUCUCGAGGCGUUCAAGAUCUCAACGCGCUGAAGAACUCGGCCGUCAAACACCAGAUCUCUCAACGGGAGAUGUCAAUUCUCCCGGUAUAUCACGUCACACGAGCGUAUGUCGAGCUGGCUCUCAAAUACCGCUUAUGUCUGUAUCCGCGUCGAACUCGGAGCCAACGUCAGCGGCGCCUUCACGACCACAGACUCCACCUCAAUUACGGCUUCAAGAGCAUCACUAUGCAAAUGGUCAAGCCCCAGUGAAUGCCGUUGAAGCUCUCAAUCCGACGACCGUUCUCACACAGAUUCCUCUGCCACCGCCAAAGGCUGAGUUGUGGGCGGCCUGUAUCUCUGCAAAUCUCGAUGUGGCGAUCUUCGUAGGACUGUUUGCCUUUAUUGGCAUUCCUCUCUAUUACUCGACCGGUUAUGCUAUGCCACUUCACCUUGCCGUGAAUGUCCUCGCCUGGUUCGGGGCAUUGUCAGUUGCACCCAAAUGGAAAGAAUAUCUUCAUCCAGUCUUGGUGUCGUCUCUUGCAACAGUCCUUGUCAUAUGGGCACUUGCUGCAAUUCGCGGUGAUAGCUUGACCACGACACUUCACGCCUACCGCACGGGCGCAAAGUAUAUACAGUUAUGGCGCAACGCAACGUCGAAGCAAGAUCUUCUCCCCGGCGCCGGUGACGUUUUCGGCACCCUUCUCGACGCCAGCAUCGUAGCCCUCGCCUUGCCCAUGUUUCAGUAUCGACGAGAGCUUCGUACUCAUUUCAUCUCGAUUGUCAUACCCAACGUUGCAAUCAGUGUUGGUUCGCUGCUCGCAUACCCGCCCUUGUGCUACGCCUGCGGCAUCUCGGCAGCCCGCAGCCUCGCUUUUGCAUCCCGCAGCCUGACGCUGGCGCUCGCUGUCCCCGCGACUGUGAACCUAGGAGGAGAUGUUAACACUGCUGCUGCAUUGGCCAUCAUCAGUGGCAUUUUAGGCGCUGUGCUCGGGGCGCGCAUAUUACGCUGGCUGCGAGUGCCCGAGGACGACUACGUGACCCGCGGAGUGACACUAGGUGUUAACUCGAGCGCCAUCGCGACUUCAGUCUUGUUGCGGACGGACCCUCGAGCUGCAGCCUUGUCGAGCUUGUCAAUGAGUCUUUUUGGGACUAUCACUGUUUUGUUUACUUCAAUACCGCCUGCGGCGGCUUUUGUACGAGGGCUUGUAGGCCUGUGAUCCCUCGACAGGGACCAGAUCUGACGAGGCAUCCUGCUAUCAAACACUUGAGCCAUAUAGAAUAAUAAGCAACAUUUAUUUGAGAUCGUUUGGUACCGAGUGUCACAGACCCGGCUAGGAGGUAAGAAAACUUAGGAUCUUGACCCGAAGCGAUGAAAAUAUUUAGGUAGAUCUCGCCUAUGCUUAGGGAACUUUUUGCUAAGUGUAUUUGGACACCUUAUAUUAAGGUUUGAUGUUUUCUUGCUCCUUGAGGCCCGGUGUCUAGAAUUAUAUCAAGAAGCAUAAGCACAAAUACUAUUCAAUCUUCAUAUGGUAGCUAGGGGAGGAAAGGAAAUCCAGGACCUAGAUUCUAAAUGACAAAAGGACUUGUGUGACUUGGCAUAAGUUUAGGAUACCUUUGCUAAGUCUAGGUAACUUGGUAUGAGUUUAGGACAUCUUUUGCGGAGUUUAUUUGGAUCUCUCAUAUCAAGGUCCCAUGUUUUCUUGCUUCUCGAGGGGUGAGUACAUACAAUCCCUCGAUCAAAUAUAGUUAGUACGAUUCGAAACCUCGGUAAUGCAGUUACAUGUGUAGCCAGCACUACCGUGCUUGUCGCCUUAGUUCGUUCGUGUACACCGUCAGUUUACAUAAGGUCUCAUGACAACGAUAACUCCACACGACGCCCUGUCGCGUAGCACAUGCAGCAGCAUGUCGUUAUCGUGAAUUUAUUGAAUAGCAGUAGUGUUGGUAAUCAUGGGUAUAGUAGUAGUGAGAAUACAAGGACAGCUCAGAAAUGAAAGGCUGCUGCUGUCGUCAAACGCC